CGCGCUCUCGUCGGUCUUUUUCCUCUCCAGUGUGCUGUGUGAGCGGCCGGCCUGCGCUCUUUCUCUGAAAGAUUUAACACCUCUAAGCCCCAAAAAUGAUCAUCUACAAGUGCAUCGUCAGCGAUGACGAGAUGUUCUCGGACAUCUACAAAAUUAAAGAAUCUGAAAAUGGCAUCUUCUAUGAAGUUGAAGGAAGGACGAUCACCAGGAAAGAGGGCAGCAUCGACGAAGCUUUAAUUGGUGGCAACGCAUCGGCUGAAGAACAAUGUGAGGGCACCGAUGAGUCCAUGGUCUCUGGAGUCGACAUCGUCCUCAACCACAAGCUGCAGGAGACGGGUUUCGGCAAGAAGGAUUAUGUGGUCUACAUCAAGGAGUACUUUAAAGCCGUUAAGGCCCACCUGGAGAACACAUGCCCAGCGAGAGUGCAGCCCUUCAUGUCUGAUGCACAACCAGAAGUUAAGAAGAUCCUGAGUAACCUCAAGAACUACCAGUUUUUCACGGGAGAGGGCAUGAACCCAGAGGGCAUGGUGGGACUGCUGGACUAUCGUGAGGACGGAAUCACACCAUUCAUGUUAUUCUUCAAGGACGGUCUCAUUGCUGAGAAAUGUUAAACACCUGGAACUACAUCUGCUUUUCAAUUGACUGCUGCAGUCCAAAUGGGCCCAAGAACAGAUUGAAGGAGCACUAUUUUGCAUCAUGCCUGGAAAAUAAAAAAACUUUUACAAUUUCUUAUACUCACCAUGCCCCAGACUGGGUGAUUCAAACACGACUGGUCACUGAAUACUGUUUUUAAAUAUUCUUUUUGGCUUUUGCAGUGUUUUGAUUUUCGUCCCAGGACUGGCAGUUUUUGGGAUUGAAAAGGCGGGAUAGUGAGUGGACUUCUGAUUGAAGGAUGUAUUUUAGCAAAGCUCCCUACAGGGUGACUCCUCAGACCUCCUGUUUAUGGUUGCAUUAAAUACGAUUCCAUCAUUAAUGAAAAUUCUUCUGGUUUAAUUUGAAAAUAAAAUCUAGUACCACCACCGG